UCCCUCAUGCUCAGAGAUGGACGCGUGUGUUUUUUCACUCCUCACUAUACUGUGUGUGGGAUUGUUUGGGGAAUCAGCGCAUGCAGUUGCAACAAUUGACAGAGUGCUCAGGAGAAAUGAAAUGCGCAUGAAACAACUGUACAAAGUGCCGUUUGAACGGAACAGUGAGAGAGUGAAGGAGAUGCGUCACCAGUAUGUACAGCGUAUACUGGAGCUGGAAGCCAGGGAACCACUGCACACAUUCAUAUACAUUGAUGAGGCGGGUUUCAAUCUGGCCAAAGGUAGAGGGCGUGGAAGAAAUAUCAUUGGACAGAGAGCAACCACUGAUGUCCCAGGCCAACGCGGAGGGAAUAUUACAAUGUGUGCAGCCAUCUCAGACAAUGGUGUCCUCACCCAUAUCCCCCUUCUUGGUCCAUACAAUACACAACAUCUGCUGACUUUUUUAGACACUCUUUACAGGGACAUAGUCCCUGAGAAUGAGAGGGGUGAAGGCCAACUCAACCAGUAUGUUGUUGUGUGGGAUAAUGUCCGUUUUCACCACUCACAUCUGGUCACACAGUGGUUUGCAGCACAGCAGAGGAUGCUGGUUGAAUAUCUCCCUCCCUACUCCCCAUUCCUUAAUCCCAUAGAGGAGUUUUUCUCUGCAUGGAGGUGGAAGGUGUAUGACCGGUGUCCACAUACACAAAUGGCCCUGCUAGCAGCCAUGGAUGCAGCAUGUGAUGACAUCGCUGCAGAUUCAUGCAGAGGAUGGAUUCGCCACUCAAGGAGAUACUUUCCUCGCUGCACUGCAAGAGAAAAUAUCCGUUCUGAUGUCGAUGAGAAUAUGUGGCCAAACAGACAGGAAUGUCUGGAUGUGCCAGAAUGAAAACUGCACCCAUGUUCCGUUACAAUACAAAGAAUGUACAGAUCCGACUGUCACUCCAUCAUCUCUGGCAGUGGCGUUGGGAGAUCCUGUUCACGUGACCUGCUCCAUACCAAGCAAACCUGCAGGAAGCUACACACUGGGCUUCGAGUCUUCACUAGUACAGCCCACUACAAAUAACGAGACGAGUGUGACAUUGCAGCUUGACCGUCUGAUGAGAUGGGUGCCAGAUGCAGUCCACCAGUGUUACCUCUCACUGGAUAAACCAUCUCUUCAAUGUUUGAGUUAUUUUAGUCUCAGCAUUUAUAAGAAGCCAGACAGAGUUACACUGAGCUCUGUGCCUGAUGUGUGGGUUGAAGGAGAUCAGACAGAGCUGCUGUGUGAGAUUAUAGACAUCGGUCCUGGCCGUGCACUCAGUGUGAGCUGGAGCAGAACAGAUCCGGAGCUAAACAGCACUUUCACACAAUUCAAUGAAACGUUCUUCCCAGAGUUAAAAAAUGAGGCAAACAUUGUGAACAAGACAGCGAGACUGAAGGUUACGCCCAGGCGUGAGGACGAUGGAGCACAGUAUCAGUGUGAGGCCGUGCUGAAUCUGAGCCAACACGGAUCACGAGUGUUCACAUCACAACCAAUCAACAUCACUGUACACUAUAGACCAGUCAUAACACCUCAGUUCCUCUCUGAGGUUCUAUCAGUACUUGGGGAAAACCUGACGUUAAGUUGCCAAGCAGAUGGAAACCCCAGCCCUGUUUAUUCCUGGACUUUAUCUAAUGGCACAAAAAUCUCAAACUCCUCCUCCAUCAACAUCAGGAGUGUUCAUGAAGAAGACCAGGGCUGGUACACCUGCACCACCUCCAAUUACCUGGGCCAUGAUACACGGAUCGUGAUUCUAACAGUUAUCCAGAAGCCAGACAGAGUUACACUGAGCUCUGUGCCUGAUGUGUGGGUUGAAGGAGAUCAGACAGAGCUGCUGUGUGAGAUUAUAGACAUCGGUCCUGGCCGUGCACUCAGUGUGAGCUGGAGCAGAACAGAUCCGGAGCUAAACAGCACUUUCACACAAUUCAAUGAAACGUUCUUCCCAGAGUUAAAAAAUGAGGCAAACAUUGUGAACAAGACAGCGAGACUGAAGGUUACGCCCAGGCGUGAGGACGAUGGAGCACAGUAUCAGUGUGAGGCCGUGCUGAAUCUGAGCCAACACGGAUCACGAGUGUUCACAUCACAACCAAUCAACAUCACUGUACACUCUCCCCACAACCCAUACUUCCUUUCCUGGAUCCUUAUCAGUAUAACGGUGCUGGUGCUGGUGCUGUUGCUGGUCUUCACUGUGUGCUGGAUGCAUUACCGACGUACACACAUGGGUCAAUACAUCCUGAAGCAGCUGAGAUCCCACAGGCACACCAGCUCUGUGGACCACAACGCUGAGGCCCAAAGACAGCUGUAGAUACUGCAGAAGUUAACACCUGAGCAGUUCUGCUGCAUUCAACUACAUUUUAUAAUUCUCAAUCUCUGACCUCCAUUGGGAAAUCCAAACACUAACCCCAUCAAUGAAGAAAACUCCUACUUGGAAGGUUGGGAAGGUCCCUUCAACCCCAAGUUCAGCAUGUGAUAUUAAAUCAAUGAAGCUGCUCACAACAUGAACAGUAAACACCGCAGCAUGUCUUUCCUUUCAUAUGAGGUGCUUUAGAUCAAUCAACAUCCAGUGAUCACAGUUCGCUGUACGCUCAUUACAGUUUGCCCAUUAACUAACGAUCUACAGGAACAUACCCAUGUUUGGCCAACACUUUGCAGCUUAAACACAGGGAGGUCAACAAUGACAAAAAUUCAUAACUUUCGACUUCCUAUUUCCAAGUUUAGUCAAGUGCAGCGUUAACCCUGACACCAGUGGAACGACUUCUCUCUUCUCUGGCUUGAGUUCCAGCUCUGAGAAGACACACAGAGCUAACUCUUAUUCAGAACUCUUAUUUUCACAAUGUAGUUCUGUCUGUAGCCUUCGUUUUGUUUUUGAAACUGACUGUAGAUCGUGAUAUACACUGAAUUACAAUGAAGUUUUGAUGCUUUACAGUAUUUUAUGGGUAUUGCAAUGUGAACUUGAAACUCUCAUAUAAAACGUGUGGCUCAGCCUCUGCACAGUCCCACUGCUCUUUUCUCUUCAUCAGCUUUCACUGUUCAUUUUGAGGAGCUUGAGCAAUAAAACCCAAACUGAACCUGA